AUGGACAAUUUCGAAUCUACUUUUCUACGUUGGAUAUGUUUGUUUGACAAAUUUAAAGACAAUGAAUACUCAAGGUUAGGUAAUAAAUUAGAAGAUAAAGAUAAAAUAAUACAACUACUGAAAGAUGAAAUCAAAGAAUAUUUCAAACCAAAUACGUCUCCAGAAAAUAAUAAAACAGAUAAUACAUUAAUUAUAAAAAAAUUAAAUAGAGACAAAAUAGAUUUAGAGAUGAAUUGUAAUGAAUUAAAACAGCAAAUAAUAGAACUUGAUAAAAAACAUAAAGAGCUUAAUGGAAAUUUUGAAACAAAAACUUCAGAUUAUAAUAAACUUAUUUUAAUGUUUGAUAAUAUUGAAAGUGAAAAUAUAAUGUUAAAAAAGAACUUAAAAUUAUUUGAAGAGACCAUACAAGCAAAAGACACAGAAAUAACUUCUCUAAAAGAUCAAUUAUGUAAUAAACCAAUUACAAAUAAUCAAACAAAUAUAAGUGGUCAGGAAUCCAAUUCUAUGCCUUCAAGUAUAUUAUUUAAUGAAUUGAGUUGUCUAGAAUUAGAAGAAAUAACGCAUGAUAAAGAAAAAUACAGACAUAAGUACAAAUCAAUAAAAAAAGAAUUAUCAAAUACUGAAAUACAUGUUGAAGAAUUGAAUGAGAAAUUGAAUGAAUUAGAAACGCAAAAAAAAUACUUAAAGAUGGAAUUAGAUGUUUGUAAUCUACAGCAUGAGAACAGUGUACAAAAACUAAAAGUAGCACGUAUAAGAUUACAGGAAUUUGAAGGACAGAAUAAUAAUUUACAAGAAGAGGUGGAAAUCUUGAACUUUUGUACACUUGAACAAUUACAUAAGAUCAAUAUAUUAACGAGUGAAAAAAAUAAUUUUGUAAAUGAAACAAAUAUGCUCAAAGAACAAUUUAGCCAUAAGCAAUCUGAAAUGAAUGAACAAAUUAAACUAAAAAAUGACUUAAUUAAAGAUAUCUACCAGAAAAUAAAUAAUUUAAAAAAUAUGAAAGUUGAAUUGGAAUCACUACUAAAGAAAGAAAAAAAAAUUAUUUGAAUUAUUCAUUUAACCAUAUUAACAUCUUGAAAAUUUAAUAUUAGAAUUAACAUCACACAUAUAAUAAAUUUUUUUUGCUCGUAAAUAAACUAAAUAAUUUGUUUGGUAUACUAUUGG